AUGGAAAUGCAUCACAACAGGCAAGUCUGUUAUUUUUUCUUGUAUCUCUGCAUGUUUGGGGCAAUAUGUGAGUCUUUCCACUAUUCAGUGCCUGAGGAAAAGAAAAGUGGGUCUUUGGUGGCUAAUGUAUUAAAAGACUUGAAAGUAGAUGUGAAGGAGCUUUCUGUUCGUAGAGCCCGGCUGGUUUCUGAAGACAGCAAGCAAUAUUUCCAGCUGGAUCCUCACUCUGGGAAUGUGAUAUUAGAUGAUAGGCUAGACAGAGAAACGCUGUGUGGCCAGAAAGACCCUUGCAUCUUACUCUCAGAGAUUGUACUGGAAAACCCAUUGCAAGUGCACAGAAUUGAAGUUCAAAUAGAGGAUGUGAAUGACAAUUCCCCCCAGUUCUCUAAAAAGGAAUAUCUUUUUGAAAUACCUGAGCACACUGCAAGCAAAACCCGAUUCCCUAUGGAGAGUGCUAAAGAUGCAGACAGAGGAGAAAAUGCUGUCCAGAAUUACACGCUUAGUCUUAAUAAUCAUUUUUUGUUGGAUGUGCAAAGUCACCCUGAUGGAACGAAAUCUGCAGAAUUAGUAUUGGAGAAACAAUUAGACCGGGAAGAGGAAGCACGUCUUUUCCUGACCCUGUUGGCUGUUGAUGGAGGGAGCCCAAAGAGAACAGGCACUGCACAAAUUAUCAUUGAUGUUUUGGAUUCAAAUGAUAAUGCUCCUCGUUUUGAUAAAAAUGUGUACAAAGUGAAAAUAAUGGAAAACAGCCAACCAGGCUCACUUGUUGCCAAAGUGGAAGCUCAUGACCAUGAUCUUGGUUCUAAUGCAGAGAUUACUUACUCCUUCAGCCAGGUGCCAGAUGACGUACAAAGAGUAUUUAUGUUAAACAAACAUACUGGGGAACUUACUGUUGCAGAGAACAUGGAUUAUGAAAUAAAUCAAAAUUAUGCAAUAAGCAUCAAAGCCGCCGAUGGAGGGGGGCUCUCUGAUUACUGCAAAGUCAUUGUGGAGGUUGAGGACAGGAAUGACAAUGCCCCAGAGGUAACCCUCACAUCCCUCACCAGCCCCUUACCAGAAGAUUCUCUCCCUGAUACCAUUGUGGCCCUCUUCCGUGUCACAGACCGAGACUCUGGAGACAAUGGCAGAACUGCCUGCACCACUGAGGCAAACAUACCAUUCAUGUUGAAACCCUCUGUGAAUAAUUACUACCAACUGGUUACACAGCAAACCCUAGACAGAGAAAAGGAAUCGGAGUACAACAUCACCAUCACAGCCACAGACAGGGGCUCUCCUAGGCUCACUUCAAGGAGAAUAAUUAAUAUCCAAAUCUCAGAUAUCAAUGACAAUGCUCCAGUAUUUGAAAAGUCAAAAUAUGAAAUGCAAUUACGGGAAAACAAUAUUCCAGGUCUUCUAAUAGGUUUGGUCCAAGCCAAAGACCUGGACAUGGAGCAGAAUGCCAAAGUGAUCUAUUCUCUUUUGCCUGGGAAGGUCAGCAGUCAACCUGUGUCCUCUUACGUCUCCAUCAACUCUGAAACUGGGAAUCUGUAUGCCAUCCGAUCUCUGGACUAUGAGCAGGUGAAAGAUUUCCAGGUGACCGUGAGGGCUGUGGACAGCGGUUCUCCUCCCUUGAGCUCUGAAGUUAUGGUCCGAGUUGUUAUUGUAGAUGAAAAUGAUAACGCCCCGUUCAUCCUGUAUCCUCUUCAGAACGGCACCUCCCCAUCCAAUGACCUGGUUCCCCGGGUGGCCGAGGCCGGCUACCUGGUCACCAAGGUGGUGGCCGUGGACAGAGAUUCCGGACAGAACUCUUGGCUCUCCUAUGAGCUCCUGAAGGCCACAGAACCGGGUCUAUUCAGUGUGGGGGUCCAGAAUGGAGAAGUGAAAACUGUGAGACCAAUUAACAAACGAGACAGCUUGAAACAGAAACUUAUCAUUGGAGUCAGAGACAACGGAAACCCUCCCCAGUCCACCUCUGCAAUGCUAAGCAUUCUGCUAGUGGAUGGCUUCUCUGACCCUUAUAUGAAAAUUGUGGAUAUCCCAAAGGAGGAAGUGGUGCGGGAGGAAGACCGUAACCUGACUAUGUAUCUGGUCAUAUGCUUGGCUGUCAUCUCCUUCAUUUUUCUGGUUUCUGUGUUGGUGUUUAUUGCCAUCAAGAUUCAGAAAAGGAGGAAGUUCAUAGAGAGCUCAGCCCUGAAUUUCCCAGGAGGGCCAAAUUUCCCAGAGAACUGUGAUGCUGAUGCUGGAUCUCUUUCCCGGGCGUACAACUAUGAGGUGUGCUUAGCUGGUGGGUCUCUGAACAGCGAGUUCAGGUUUCUCAGGCCUUUCUUUCCUGUCUUCUCCAUGGAGCCUGCUCAGUCUCAGGGGGUUCAAAGGAUUUCAAGAGGCUCCCAAGAUCUUUCCAGUCAUGCAGCAGAAAGUCAGCAGAGGACUGAGGUGAGAGUAUAA